UGAUCUGUGAAAAAGUGUGUUUCACGCAUGAGUACGCGUGAUGUAUUAUUUUUAUUCAUCGUAUUAUUUUUAACGGCAUCGUAAGUGCGUUCGGAAGACGGUGCUAGCGCUACUAGUGUCGUUCUAGCUCUGUCGUUCGUUAGACAUAAAACAGAGAUCGAAAGACACAAGUAGCAAAAAUGAUGAAUCAAUCAAACGCAGCCAGCCCACGUGUGAGACGGAAUGCUGCAGCCUGGAUGAUCUCUCGCACAACUCCCCUUUGAACCCUCUGACCUUACGUGACUUUCUGCACCGAUAAAAAAAAAAAGCUCGUUUCUCCUGCUUCUGUGCACGACCAGCUGGCCUUCAAUCGAGAGAAGAGAAUUCAAGGACCGCUCAAGGACAUCGGGCUGAACUUGCCAAGGAGAAUGAACUGUUUUGUUGACUAUUUAAGUAAAUGUUAAAUAAUGAAAUUUAUAGUUCAGUGAGAUAUUACGUCAACGAAUGCACAUAACUAUUAAUAGUGUAACGUGUAUUUUGAAAUGUACUGAGAAUCUGUAACACAUGUGUGAUUACAGAUUGCAGAUUCGCAGUACCGUCAGUACAUUUUGAAAUGCCGUAUGUAUACAUAUAAGAACUUGUGUGUCUGUAGGUAUAUAUUAAAAUCAAAAAUAGCUUGCUCAUAUUUUGAAUAAAAUGGCCACUUCAGUGACGGCAUCGUCGAGCGCGAAGAGAAUCACGCAGAUCAGGAAUAUACGACAAGGAAGCGUGAUAGACAUAGACGCCGAUAUGUUUCUCAAGAUAUCCAACUACGAGGACACUGUCAAACAGUUGGACAUAUAUUACGGUAUCGUCAAGAGGCAAUUGCUGCGCUAUCAGAGCUGCAUAACCGGCCUGUUCCCGCAGAUCUCGAACGACCGGAGGGUCGGCAGCGUGCGCGAAAGUAUAUACUGCGCGGCAGCGAUAUGGAGCCUGUACCAGGCGUACAGACGCAUAGACGACGAUCGCGGAAAGUCGUACGAGCUGGGACAGUCCGCGGUGAAGUGCAUGCGGGGUAUCCUGGAGUGUUGGAUAAAGCAGUCCUCCAGAAUAGAGCUUUUCAAGAAGAAUCAGUGCGACCGUUACGCGUUGCACUGCAAGUUCCACUUGGACACUGGCGAUGAGAUCUACAAGGAUGCCGAUUAUCAUCACUUGCAAAUAGACAUCGUGUCUCUUUACCUGAUAUUUCUGGUGCAAAUGAUCUCCUCUGGUCUACAAAUUGUAUAUACACAAGACGAAGUGGCCUUUGUGCAAAAUCUGGUGUACUACGUCGAGAGAGCGUACCGUACGCCGGAUUACGGUAUGUGGGAACGUGGAAGUCGCUACAACGACGGAACACCCGAGAUCCACGCCAGCUCCAUCGGAAUCGCCAAGAGCGCGCUGGAGGCGAUUAACGGCUGUAACUUGUUUGGCGAAAAAGGUGCAUCUUGGUCUGUGAUAUAUGUCGAUAUUGACGCUCACAAUCGCAAUCGUAGUAUUUUCGAGACAAUGCUUCCAAGAGAGUCCAGCUCGAAAAGCGUGGACGUGGCUCUGCUGCCAACGAUAUCCUUCCCCGCCUUCGCGACUCACGAGGAGGUGCUGUACAACGAAACGAAAGCGAGCAUAGUCCGCAGGCUGAAAGGCAAUUAUGGCUUCAAACGAUUCGGAAGAGACGGCUUCAAAACCGUACUGGAGGACAAGCAGCGACGAUAUUACAAAGCUGGGGAGAUCAAGGAUUUCGACAACAUCGAGUGUGAAUGGCCAUUGUUUUACAUCUUCAUGAUAAUAGAUGGUGUAUACAAGAGUCUAACGGAACAAGUGGAAGAGUAUCAAAAUUUAUUGAAAACAAGAGUCCACAAGGAUUUGAACGGAGAUCCGGUGAUCCCCAUGUACUAUUAUGUACCCGUGGAAAAUUUGGAAGCUGAAAGAAACGAGCCGUGCAGCGCUUAUCGGCUACCCAGCGAUGAGGGGAGAGGCCCUAAGACUGUGGAUCAAGAUACGCCCAUAUACUUAUGGAAUCAGGCUAUGUUCGUAAUUGCGCAGCUACUCACCGCCGGCCUUUUGCACAUCAACGAAUUAGAUCCGAUACGUCGAUACCUUCCGUCGUAUAAUCGUCCGAGGCGAGCAGGAAGAUAUUCUGCUUUCCAGGCAAAACCCACUAUUGGCACUCAUACCGACCUAGUAGUACAAAUCGUUCUGAUCGCAGAAUCUAUGCGAUUGCAAGCCAUGAUGGCCACAUAUGGCAUUCAGACACAAACGCCGCAUGAGGUCGAGCCCGUUCAGAUUCUGUCGUCUACCCAGCUAGUGAAGGUUUACCAAAAGUUAGGAGUGAACAAGAAGUUGGAUCUUCAGGGGCGACCCGCGCGGCCUAUAGGCUCUUUGGGUACAAGCAAGGUGUACAGAGUCUGUGGGAUGACGGUGCUCUGUUACCCUUUGAUCUUCGAAGUGUCUGAGUUUUAUUUAUACAGAGACAUGGCUCUGCUGAUCGAUGACAUCAAGACGGAAUUGCAAUUCGUAGGCAAGUACUGGCGUCUGUCUGGCCGACCCACUGUGUGUCUUUUGAUACGAGAGGAACACAUGCGAGAUCCGCAAUUUAAAAAGAUGUUAGACCUUUUUGCGAUGCUGAAAAAAGGCUAUUGCGACAAGACGAAAGUACGCAUCGGCCGGCUGCAAAAUUUGAUCUCAUCUUCUUGCAUCGAGCACUUGGACUUUGUAAAUACUAUGGAAACAGAUCUGGACUUGACACAGUUUCAACAACUGCAGCACGAUUAUAUUGGCUAUCAGAGUCUCACGGAUGUCCCAAAGGCUAUCGCCUACUCCGAAAGCAUCAAGGACUAUUCUCAUAUGAUGAAUGAAUCUCUUGGUAACAUAUUCAAUGAACUUCGCAAUAGUAUUGGCUUGUACGCUAAAUGCCAGUUAUAUGGUAUUUUGAUAAAACGAGAAGGAAUUUAUUACGAGAUCAAUGGAGUGACAGUUUGUGAUAAUUUGAGAGCAUUAUAUCAACAGGCUGGAUCCUUAAGGUUCUGGAUGGCCGUACGUUAUUGCAGCAGUCUACUGAAUCACACAGUAGACAGCAUCAGUCCUUUUAUCACGGGUGUACUAGUCAAAGGAAAACAGAUCGCGGUGGGAGUGAUUGGGCAGAAAGAAACGGUAUUUGACAAACCUAUGACGCCGACGGAAAUACAGUCGGUGAUGUAUUCCACGAUACAGCCGCACAAUGUGGUGCAGGCCGUGCUGCAACAAGAGAUCCUGCUGUAUUGCGGUAGACUUAUCGGUACUAAUCCAGAGAUGUUCAAAGGCAUAUUGAAAAUACGCAUCGGGUGGGUCUUGGAAGCGAUGAAACUUUACCUGCAGAUGCUUGUGAAGGAUGCCAAGCCGAUUGAGAAUUACAGUCCUUACGAAAUCCGACAGUUCCUUAUUAAAGUACUGACAGUGAAAGACUGGGCUCAUGAAGAAAACCUCACGGUGCUCGGUCGCCGAAAAAUCGAAGGUUGCUUGUGUAGAGUGCCGGCACACUUCUACAAUCAAGUAUGGGAUGUCCUGAUGCGCUGUCCCGGCGGUAUCGUGGUGAACAGGCAGGAACUUCCUCAGCAAACCACAUUGUCCAGCAUGACUCGUUCUGAGCUCACGUUUGCCCUACUCGUGGAAUCCUUGUUGAAUCACAUACAGCUACCAGAAUAUCGGCAGGGCAUAGUCGAACUCUUGAGUAUCAUGUCGACUAUUCUGCUUCGAAAUCCAGAAUUGAGCUUCCAGAAACAGCUAGAUCUCAAUCAGAUCGUGGAAGACAGCUUUAUCAUGUACUGUAAGGAUCACAAUUUAUCAAAUGUCGACGACAAAUCGUUUUUCUUCUCCGCGCAUUAUUCGGUGACCACGGGAUAUCUCGCGAGGGCCAUAGUCAACAACGUUCUCACCGGCGGCUGCGUGACAACUAUCGUGGAUCCCACUGACGGCGUCAUUGAAUCGCCCCGAGAAAUGUGUAAAAUUACAUAACACAACUCGAUCAUCGACAUUAAACUUGAGAUUAUUUAAGGUUAGCAAGAAAAUUGUAUAUAUAUGUAGAUGCAAUAUAUCUCGUUGUGUAUAUAUGUAUAUUGCCUUGUUGACAUAAAGCAACGAUAUAAUAA